AUGUGUUAAAAAUGUGUUGUUGAACAUAGUAUUAAACAAUUUAGAAAAAUUCAUUAAUUAGUAGAGUUAAGUACAUUAAGAAGUGAAGUUUAAAAAGAAGCCAAUGAUUUAAGUUAAGAAUUGGAUUUGUUAAUGUAAACAUUGUAACCAGAGUAUAAUUUAGUUGAACAAUAAAGAAUAGGUUUAUAAUUAUUAUAAAGAAGCUAAACAAUUUUAUAAUAAGCUAUUAGUAUUUUUUUUGAUGAAUUAAAACAUACUUUUAUUUCUUUAACAUCUAAUCAUUCAAAUUUAACUUAAAAGAAAGUAUUAUAAGAAGAAUUAGAAAAAAUUAUGUUUGAAUUAAAUGAGUAUAUUUCAACUAAUGAUUUUUAAAUAUCAGAAUUUUUUGAAAGAGAUUUUAGAGCAUCAAUUAAAAAAAUGAGAGAAAAUGUUAUACAAUUUAUAGAAAAAACUAAAAUAGAGUAUAAGAAACCAAAUUUAAAAAUAAAUGAUAAAUUUACUCUGGAUAUUCCUUAAUGGCUUUCAAAUUAUAUAAGUAUAACUUUUGAGAAAAAUAUAAUGGAGAAAACAGAGAUUAGAGCACCUAAACCAAGAUAAACACUUCAUUUUACAAUUGAAAGGAAUAAUAGUUAAAGGUUAGAAAGGAAGAUGACAUUAAUAAAUCCCUAAAAUUUAGCUUAAUCACAAAUUUUGAAUCAUACAUAUGUAUAAGCAAUUACAGAGUAGAAUUUAGAAGAUUAAUUAAUAUAAUAAUUUGAUUAAAAUGAAGAGAUAUAAAAGAUAGUAAUUUUAGAGCAAUCUAGAAUAAGAUAUUUACAUUCAUUGAUAGAUUGUUAGACUCUUUUUAUUCAUGAUAUUUAAUUAAAAGAAAAUUAAUUAAUUUCACUUCCGGAGAGUGCAAAAAUACCAUAAAAUGCCUAAACUUUAAUAACAAGUGAUUUAAUAUUAUAUAUUUGUGGAGGGAUACAUAAUUAAAACUUAAGUUCGAAAUUCUAUUAAUUUGAUAAUAUGCAUGGAUUAUUAUAAUUACCUAAUUUACUAGAAGCAGUUAAUCAUCAUAGUUUAAUAUAUGUGAAAGGAUUUGUUUAUAUAAUAGGUGGAAAGACUUAAGAAGGUGUGACUGACAAAUGUUGGAGAUUUAUAGUAAAUACAUAAGUAUGGGAAGAGUUUGCUAAUUUAAAUGAACCAAGAUCUCAUCAUUCUUCUUGUGUUUUUGAAAAUGAGGAUUAAACUUUUAUUUAUACAUUUUUUGGAUAAGGAUAAGGUGGUGUUCUAUUAGAUUCAAUAGAAAAAUAUAGUAAUUUAGAAAGAAGAUGGUAAAAUAUCUUAGUUAAAAAUAUGAUUCCUGGAUUUGCUACAAUAAGAUGUUGUUGUAUUUAAUUGGAUGAAUAAAAAAUAUUAAUUUACGGAGGAUAUUAUAAAAAUUUAAAGAAUGCAAAUAAAAUGAUUACAUUCAAUACUUAAUCAGCAACAAUAGACAAUUUAAAUUAAUUGUAUUUACCAAUAGGAUAAUUAUAAGGACAACCAAUUACUAUUAAUAAUGCAAUAUAUUCUCUUCAUAAUUGUCCUGAUUAAAUAGUUCCUAAAUAUUCAGAAUUUGGAGAUGUAUUAUAUAUAUUGGAAACAAAUAGCAACUCAUGUCAUAUUUAAGAUGUAAUAAAUUGUAGAUAAUUAACAUUAAAAAAAAAUUGA